AUGAACACUUCUUAUAAUUAUUAUGGUAGCCAAUACAACAAUUACUACGCAUCAGAACACAGAAUUCCCUCUGAUGUGAAAGCUCAUGCGUGUUUAAUGAUCUUAGCAUGGGGUUUCUGUAACCCAAAUGCAAUCAUCAUUUCGAGACACUUCAAGAAAGGUUGGCCAGGUCGGACAAUAAAUAACUUCGCUUACUGGUUCCAGUUUCACAUUAUUCUACAGUCAUUCACCCUUGCAUUCGUUUUAUUGGCACUAAUGAUUAUUGUUGUACAUGUUAUGGGCUACUCAAAUUUAAAUGAUCUUCCCUUCAGCGCUCACCCGGCUUGUGGAUUUGCGAUAGUUGUGCUUACUUUCUCAAAUCCUAUUGUUGCAUGGUUUCUCUGCACGACAAGUGGUCGUCAGAGAGCUAUUACAAAAUAUGUUCAUCAGGUGGCUGGAAUUUUGUCCCAGAUGCUUGCAGUCCCGACGGCCUUAAUCGGACUACAGAUGCCUGCUUUGGGAUAUGGUGUUUGUUCAUCAAAAAUAUAUUCGACACUUUUUGCUAUUACUGUUGUUCUUAACGUCAUCGUUGAAAUAACUCUUGAAGUUAUUGGAUACAAAAUCGGAAAAAAUGUCAAAAUUGUGCGGUCAAUUCUAAGCAUUCAAGCUGAUGAAGCUGACAAACUACUGGCUCGAAUUGAAGAAGAUCCGAAACAUGGAGCUACAUUUUUAGAACACUAUAGGAUAGAACUUAAUCAAAGGUCCAAAAGAGGUGUACCAAAAGAAAUUACCAAAAUCCAUACAUUAUGGGUAAUCAAAUACUUUCUUCUUGCUGUGCAUUUAGCGCUCAGUUUUAGCUUGGUAUUUGUCUUAGUUGUACUGUUAGCGGCAUAACGUUUCCCGUGUUUCUUCGGUGGAGUAAAAUAAAGGAAAAUUCAACAUUUUUACUUUGAUUUUUUAUGAAGUCAAUUUUUAACUAGUAAAACACACAAUCUAUGUCAUACUAAAUAAAAUGUAUACGAACAUUGAAAAGUUGUCUUUCUCUUUACCAGAUCUUUUAAUUCAGUUCAGAUUUCAUGUAAUAUUGAUGUGAUCAGUACAAAAUGUUAAUAAUGUAACAUUUUCCCUGUUGCUAACUUCACAACCUAAAAAAAUAACGAGUGCAGAGAAAUGUAGUAUGUCAUCGUUUUGUAGAGCCUCUUACAAAUGUUUUUUGAAAGUAAGUCAGUUAUUUAGUUAAAGGAAUUAAGGACCACUUUUAUAUGUUAAAACGUUUUAAGUAUUCUGAUGAGUUUAUGAAAGUAUCCUGAUACUUUUUGAUAAAUCAUAGGCUUAACCAUUAAAUAUUUUUAGUUAUUUAGUAUUGAGCUAUUUGAUGUAGUUCAUCAAUAUCCCAUCUAGAAAUUCUCAUUGUUUAUAAUGUAUGUAUAGUCUUAGGGAAGGUCUCGUCUAUACCUUGAAGAAAACUAAACCUCUCAUAAAAACUGAAUGUCAGUAAGUUUGCUAACAGUAGUUAUUAGUUGAUAAAUGAACUUCAACGAAAGUAUCUACAUUUUGUCAACACUAUCCUACCAAAAAGUCAUUAUUGUUGGAUUCAACACAAUUUUCAUACACUUCCAUAAAAUAGACUAAACUAGUAUAUCCUCACACCAUUUCUUUUGAACCAUCUUUGUUUAAUUUAGCUGAAAUUAAAGUUUACGUCUUCUCUUACCAAGCAACAAGAAUAACAGUAACAAAUAUGUGUAAACAACCAUUCAGAAUUUCUUGUUACGACAUGAUUCAAUCUGUAAAAAAUGGAAUAUUGAUGUGCAUAUUUAU